UUUGGACUCUUGUCAAUAAAAAUACCUUCCUGGUAGUUGUAGGAAUGCGUCCAGCAGAAUGAGGGGAACUCUGCAAAGAUGGAGAUCAAAGGCCAAACACGACGACCUCCGGCACCAUCCGCUAUCAAUGCAGGAGAAGCGGAGACUGAGGGAAGGGAUGCAGAUUAAGAACCCCGGCAGGACUUCUUGGGGAUCGUUUGGACGACGCGUGAAUCUCAGACCCGCGAGGGACAAAGGACUCCAAAUCCUGACGGCUUGCAAACUGUGGGAGAGAACGCUGAUCGAGAUAAGUGGGAGGUUCGGCUCCGGCAUCUGCUCCUAUUUCUCGUUCCUGCGUUCCUUGAUCCUUUUGAACUUCGCGUCCCUUAUUUUUAAUUGCGGGUUUCUCGUUAUCCCAACCCUCUCCUUCACCGAAACCGGAGUCAACCACUCAACCUCGGUAGAUGGACCCUGUGAAAACUCUCUCUCUACUCACAAAACAUCACCGGAGGGCACCUUAUUUGAUAUUUUUACAGGAGAAGGUGUACUAAAGAACUCAUUGCUAUUCUACGGGCAUUACACCAACAGAACGGCAGAUGGGUCUUUGUUUAAUAUCCGCCUGGUGUACGUUCUCCUCCCUCUCAUCUAUCUGCUGGCCUGCGGCGUUUGUCUUUUACGCUGGACCGUGCAGGGAAUUACGAAGAGGAGGGUGAGGACCCGAGAUUACACGACCCGUAUCAGCGCAAAAGUGUUUUCAGGAUGGGACUUUUGUGCCAGAGAAGAAGAGAUGUCCACCCUGAAACAGCAGAGCCUGAGCAACGACAUCAAGUCUCACCUGGCAGAGGAGCUCUGGAUAUUGGACAUGGAGGGACAAACUCUUUGUACAAGAGUCCGUGUCAUUGUCGCACGUGUGCUGAUUAACUUUAUGAUCUUAGCGCUACUGGGUGGUGCGUUUUACUCCAUUCAUCUGGCAACUGGGAUAUCACAAGACUAUCAGGAGAAAGAAGUGGCUCCUGCUCUCGGAUUAAUAAUUCAAUACCUUGUCCCUAUUGUCAUCACCUUGGUCCUUCUUAUCCUGCCGCCCAUCUUUAUGUUACUAGUGAAGUUCGAGGGUCACUCACCCAGUGCAGAGAUUACCCUGACCCUGAUAAGGUGCGUCUUCCUCAGACUGGGGACACUGGCCAUAUUCUUCUUUUCCUUGGCCCAGAACAUCCUUUGUCUCGGGAGCUCAGAGUCAUCUUGCGAGGCAUGCGGCUACAAUACAAACUUCCAGUGCUGGGAGACGUCGGUGGGACAAGAGUUCUAUAAACUUUCCGUAUUUCAUUUCUUGAAUGUGCUUGUGGACUUCCUUCUACUGCAAAUGCCACGAAGGAUUUUGGUAACCAGGUUGAAAUGGCGUGUGGUCCUUUGGCUGGGCAAGGAGAAGUUUCAGCUUCCCCAGAACGUGCUGGACACUGUCUACGGACAGACCCUGAUGUGGGGAGGUCUCUUCUAUGCCCCACUCCUUCCUUUGUUGAACAUUGUCUUCCUCUUCAUCACCUUCUAUAUCAAAAAGUUCUCGCUCUACCGAUUGUGUGAUCCUUCCCAUAAAUUCUUCCGUGAAUCCACCUCCCGGAUCCUGUUUUAUUUCGUGCUGUUUCUGGGACUUCUGACCACUUUUCUACCCUUGAUCUAUAUGGUGACAAGCGUCCGUCCGUCUCGAUCCUGUGGCCUCUUCACCGACCACAGCACCGCGUGGGAGGUUGUCCACAACAGCACGAUGUCGAUACUGCCGCCUAUGGCCAUCACAACGCUGAGCCACCUAUCAUCAGAUCUUCUCCCAAAAUCUUUACUGAUCAUCCUCAGUAUAACGCUCACCUCGUACGUCUCCCGUGUACGGCAGCAUGAAGAGAUCAUCGAAGACCUGAAGGUUCAUUUGGCUCACCAAAUACAAGACAAAGAGUUUCUGGUUAGAAAAUUGAGGGAGGAGGACAUCCUCGGCCAACAGGAGUUGGACAACCACGCAGAAGACCACCGUGGGCUCAACUGAUGCGUAUUCAAUAUCCACAUAUGUUUCCUCCAUGUGUUAUUGGGUUCCUGCUUGAACGCUGGUUACUAAAUAAAGGAUACCUUGUUCU